GCGAGCACCCCGCUCGAAUUCACUCCAGAUCUUGGGCUCUUUCCGAGGCAUGAAGGUGUACACUAAGACAGGUGACAAUGGUACGUCCCAGCUCUUCUCGGGUGAGCGACGCCCCAAGAAUGACGCUGUAUUUCAGGCGUUGGGAGAUAUGGACGAGCUCAAUGCUCAAAUUGGCGUGGCCGUGGAGCAGGCGCGCGUAGCUGCCAACGCAUUCCUGCCGCCCAAGUUAGAGCAAAUCCAGAGCCGCCUCUUCGACCUCGGUGCCUGUGUGGCCACGCCACUGACCUCGGCAUCCGAAACCAAACAGCGCCGCACUGGUGCAUUCAACGACGCCAAUGUGACGCAGCUGGAGCACUGGAUCGACGAGAUGGACACGAAAUUGCCAUUAAUCAAGUGCUUCAUUCUUCCGUCCGGGGGCGGACUCGCCUCGACGCACCUCCAUGUGGCUCGAGCCGUUUGCCGCAGAGCUGAGCGUAGCGUCGUGCCUCUCGUUGGGGCGGGUGACGUGGACGGCGUCGUGCAGAGAUAUCUGAACCGUUUGAGCGAUUUUCUGUUCGUAUCUGCGCGCUUCGCAGCCGUCAAAGAGGGCAAGGAAGAAACUAAGUGGGUUAAUCAAAACAUUAAGCCCGAUAAGAAGGACGACAACAAGUAAAAAAAAAUUAGGUGCAGUUCAGUCUGCUAAACUCAAAAGUAGAUCCGCUCAU